AUGGUUUCAGGAUUUUCUUUAAUGAAAAGUAAACAAGAAGAUUUGUGUGUGGGUGAAUUGAGUCUUCAGGUUGAGUUUUUGUGGAUUUGUAUCAACUCCCUCCCGUUGUGCCUUGAAAAUUUAUUUUGCAUAACAAGGCAGUUGUUAAGUUGCAUUGUGAAGUUUUUAUUUCUUGUAAAUGAUGCAAAUAUUUAUGACAAAUGGCAAAAAGUGUUUCAAACACCUUUAAAUGUCGAAGAACUCUCCACCAGCAUUAGACGGUCUGAAAAGUAUUAA